UGGGGGCUCUUUUACAUUUCCACAAGUUAAAUUUCACCUGUAUCAGACGCUGGACUAGUCUUUCAGGUCUUUACCCUGAGGUUAUGAGCAAGAAAUAGUGUUUCCAUGACACUAGGAUAUCGAAUACUAUGUCAAAAGGGCAAUCUUGACUUGCGACAAGAUUAUGACGAGAUGUUCGGUCUGAAGUCAAAGUAAGCGUCACCAAGCCGCAGUAGUUUGCUCGAUGGUUGCUAAUAUUCAUAGUCAUGCAUGGACCUGAAAAUCACCCAAUUAUUCUCCUGGUAGUAGCUUCGAUAAUCGUCUCAUGCAUUGGUGCAGGAAUUUUUAGUGUAUGGGCCACGUACGAUGUGAUACCGUCGAGUCUCGACAACCGCUUCUUCAAGACGAGUUGUAACGUGAACAGCACUGUAGAAAUCAGUAAAGAAGAAGAGAAAUGUUCUUGUUUUGAUGAAGGGUUACUGUGCUCUGAUACUUAUCCCUGCCUAGUGAUUAAAGUACUGGUUAAAGCCAACAGGAAAUCUAAGAAACUCAUCCUGUAUAAAGACCUGACGAGUCAUACGUUCUCUUCAAAGUGUUCCUACUAUCCUCUUGGAAAAUCUUGUACUGGGAAUUCUACCGCAACUCAUUAUCUAGCAUACAAGUUCAAGCGUUACAGAGGAUUAGUGGGAUCAAACUUUACUUGCUACAUAAACGAACUCGAAAACCCAAAUCUGGUUGUUGCAGAGAAAAAUAAUCAAGAUGCAGCCAAACUCGUUCUCUUUAUUCUCAGCGUUUUGUUUUUCUUUUUUCCAUUGAUAGUCAUGAAUUGCUUUUUCUUUUACAAGUGGAGACUCGUGGCUUAUCUUCGACUAACUCUGACGAGACAUCAUCGAGUAUCAGUGGCUACCUCGUAUGGAGACAACAAAAGAAGGGAUACUGCUUUCACUACCGCUAAUUUCCAUAUAGAAUAACAAUUAUGAAUAUUACAGACCUCUCUUUAGCGCACGCCCCUUUCUAAGUCGACCAGUUUUCAAAUGUUCUCUAAUAUUUACGUAAAAACAAGAGAGCAUCAAUAUGUUGUAUGUCUUGGUAAGAAAACUCACUAUUGAUCAACUGGGAAUGAGUUAUUUUGUUUCAAGUAAAAUCUAGCGAGGGGGUUCCCGCAGUAAAAGUGGUGAGAUCCAAUAGUUUAGUAUUGAUGUACUAUCUUAUAGCCAUCUCUCCUGCUUGUUAUCAUGGAGGAUGCAGUUCAGCUAAAUCAUAUUUCUCAAGUCCCGCUGACUUUCCAAUUAUUUCUGAGCUAGUACAGAUUUGCACAAUUUUUGUCGUUUUUCUCGCUCCAUUGUCAUUUAUAUCAGAAUUGAUUCCCUCAUUUCCGAUGACACUGUCUUGUCUUUCCUGAUCUCCACUGCUUCGGAAGAAUCAAAGGACUUUGUUCUGCUCGCGGGGUAUUUACAGUAAAAUGACCGCUGUGUCAGAGGCAUAAAACUAUAUUGCAAUCGUUGCAACUAUAAUUUUAUUGUUACAGUCCUCGCCUAGCUCGUAGGCUGCUCAUUGAAUAGGAAAGGUGCAUUUGACGCAAAAACGGAGAGGCUAGUGAAACUAAAUGCAAAGACCUUAAACUAACAAAGAAAGAAAGACUUCAGCAGUUGGAGGUUCAUCAUUUACCCACAACACGCUGCUCAAAGCUCACCAAGAGUGCAAAACGAGGCCAGAUUGUCUAUCCGGCUGCAAGUGACCAACGAGUCUAUCUGAACCAUGUAUGCCGACAUGGUCUCGUCUUUCAGUACAUACAAACCAUCAGAACAACAUAAGUCAACAAUAUUCAUGCGACUUGGUGAUAAAAAGUAAAAAAGUAAUGUGAAUAGCAAAAACGUGAAAUAAUUUAAUUAAAUCUGGGUUGGCAGACAAAAAUAA